AUGAAAUUUAUAUUUUCCUCGGCUCUUGCUUUACUCAAUGUGCAGUCCGUUCUGUGCACUGCGCCUGCUAAUCCAGCACCCGGUGAUCUUACUGCAUGCCCAUUUGUAACACUUCUGCAUCAAGGAAUAUCGCUACCUAGCAACCUUUCUAAUCGCAUUUUGGAUAAACACACUAUCACUGUCUCUCAGGAUGCCACUAGUGCCACAUCACCUCAGGCUAACUACAAUCUCUUCCAGAGAGUUGGUCCAAAUGGCAAGAAGUUUCUUUACAUCCAACUGUUGCCUCCAGUUACUCCAGGCACAUAUCCCCAACCUGGAGAUACUGUGCAAGUCUCGAUCUCGGUAAAUCCGAAUUAUACUAUUAAGGCUCCUUUUAUCCCGCUUGUUCACACUGUCCUCUCUUCAGUUAACGGCACUACUUUUGCUGCUACAUCACCCACCCAGUUUGUGUACACUUUCCUCUGCCCAACUAACUACUUAAGUGCCGUGGUCACUAUCGUUGAGCUUGGAUAUGUCAAUUCUGCUUCAUAUACUUACACUGCUGCUACAAAGGCACUUUCUAUCAGUCACUCAGCAGACAUGAUUAAGAACAAUCCUUUCACUGCUAGUAUUACUCCAUUUACUGGCAUUGUUCCCACAUCUUACACACUUCCCACAAACAAGCAGUCUAUACUUCAUCGCCUACGCCGCCAUUUCAAGAAGUCUGCAGUGUCCACUUGUGUACCUGAGAACCAGGUUAACAAGAUGGCUGUGGCUGCAUUUAUCAACGAGAUUGGAUCCUGCUUCAGAUGCAAAGAACCAUGUGCCAAAACUAUCUGCGAUUCUAAUAUAUAUGUUGAAUACAUCACAUUCAUUACCUGCUGCAUUAAGACUAUUGCAUACUGCGAACAGGUCAAGACACCUAAGAUUGAGUUCUGUGCUGCAGGAGUUAGCACUUGUGCCGUUGUUAACAGUGAAAUCUGCAGGUAUUCUAGAAGCUGUACUGUCGAUGUUGGAGUCAAUGUCGAAAUAUGCUCUAUGUUCUCUGAUAUGUAUAGUGGCGAAUGUUACGAGCCAGUCUGCGAUUAUGUCUGCCCAGUAAUUGAGCCUGAAAGCAGCAGUGCUUGUGAAGAAAGUUCAAGUAGCUCGAGCGAAGAAACUAUGAAGAAGAAAGUACCAGCAAAGAGAAGAGCAGCAGUCAAGGCUAAGACUACAACCACUGUUUCUACAUACGGAUGGUAUGUUGCUGGAGGUAUAGUAGCCGUUUCAGUAGCUGUUGUUGUCUACAUAUUUGUUUUGUAA